CAGGCGUCAAGUGUGGGGAUUGGCCAAUAGACCUCGCAUCUAUGGUCAAUUUGUGGGGACUUAUGUUCCUCAACGUUGCUCCUAAUUCUAGUGACUUUUAAUUAUCACGUGGCUAGUGACUUUCCUGGGUACAAUUAUGGUUAUUAUUCGUCUGACUGUGCUCAGAGUAAGAAGGUUUUCUCGGAGGUAUUGUUAACCUCAAUUUAUAUCUCAAAUUAAAUAAAUAUAAAUAAAUAAGUGUUAUUGUUAAAUAUGGAGUCAGUAUUAUUGUACACGUAUUAAUGGGAUCCUUCUAAUACAAUACCAAAAUCCCAUAAAUUCCCAUGUAGAUCUCUUACAAGCGCAAAAGGAGCUCGACUUGUAGCAUAUAUACAAGUUCCGAAUUCUCUUCUCCCUUCUAUGUCAGAUCUCCCACUACGUAAUCUUGCUGAAGAAGAUAGUCUUCUUGUAUUUUAUGCGAUCCUCGUUGUUCGGACCUCGCUUUCAGGAUCACAUUAUUUUGCACCAAUCAGGGUGUCCAGCGAUUCUUUAAAAAAAAUUCAAGGUCUUUUCAAGGUUUUUAAGGCGUUGUUUGUUUGUAGUGAACGCAAUGAAAAUAACUUUCUAGCUAAAUAUAUUAAGAAGCGAGCGGUCCAUACCAUGGGUCUCAGUUCCUUCGCUGACCUUAAAGAUUAUCCCGCCCCGCAAAAGAAGAAAGAAAAAGAUCUACUCUGGAAAUCAGUUGUGUCUCUUUUUUCGCCAUGCCCAAACGUCGUUCUCUGAACCAACGGAAUAGUGAUCGACGAAGGGCCCGGAACCUGAGACAAUCUAAAAAACUCCAAGCGAAGCUUGCUGCUUGGGCCACUGCUGGAACUCUCCGGUCACCUAAACCCGGUCAAGGGACAUUAUUAGAUAGGAGCCAGCCUUCUCUGUCUGCAGAUAUUACAUUGGACCGUAUAUUCCACUCCUGUAAAAAGGGAUUUUCAGAUCCAACCUGGUCAGUACCCGAUUCCUAUCUACCCACGGGAGGAUCUUCUUCAUUUAACGAAGAGGAAGAAAAAUUAAAUAGAACUCUUGAAGCUGCCCCAUAUGAAGCUCCUUCGCCGCCAUUGAUCCUCACACCGGUCAAGCAACCCAGGGAGGAAUUGGUUCCUCCCCCUAGAGACGGUCUUUCGGAUUUGGGAUGGACUACACCCCCUCGGAUUGACCCUCCACAGCCACUUCUUAGCCCUAUCAGAAGUCCCAAAGCACUAUCUUACUCCGAGCCACACGUCAUGGACCGAAACUUGGAGGAGGACCUAGCGAUUUCUGACAGUGAUCAGGAUAGCACAGGUUUCGCUAUGCGACGAUCACCGACACCUAGCCGACGCUCCGCCAACGCUGGGCCAACCUCGGGACCUCGGCGGCAACUAUUUACGCUUUCUCCCGAGGAAAUGGGAGAAUGUCCCCGUUUACUGGACAUGCCUAUUUUAUGUCCCAAAAACGAACCUCUCCUGGCACCGGCGAGGAAGAACUUUUCCAGCGUACCCCUGGUGAAAAGCAGAGUCACUGUGCGUAAAUUGUCCCUCCAACCAAAGGAUAACCGCACGAGGUUGAUGAACAUCCGCAACCGAAUCAAAGCGCAACGCAUAUAA